AAUGAAAAAAUGAGUAUAAAAAGAAAUAAGAUUCUUCAGUGCUUAUCAUUCGAUUUUGAAUAGUCAACAAACUAUAAUUAAAAGUGAGAAUUCGGAUAGAAUUUAAUGUAAUUGAAGAAAUUUCAAAAUAUUGUGAAAAAAAAAGUUUGAAGAAAUUGCGAAUUAUUUUGAAAAUUGACUUGAAUAUCCAUCAAACUCAGUCAAGAUUGACAUAACAGCAUCAAAGGAUAUCCAAAAAAUCAGAAAGAUCCUAAGAACAUCAGAACUAAAAUCCAGACCAACAACAAAAAAUGAGUCAUCAAAUUAAAAUAAAUUUACCAAAUGAAAAUUCAGCAUCACCAACUCUUCAGCCAAUCAUCAUCUCAUGGACGAAUCCAUCGACAGACAAUCAAUCACAAAUGAUUGACGAAAAACACAUAAAACAGGAAGAUGAGCUGCAAAUCAUCUCGCAAGUCAUUCAACAUCCAGCGAAUAAAAAAGCAGCUGAAAUUGUGAGUCCAACAAGAGUUUUGAGGAGUCAUGGAAAGGUUGACAAGAGUCCAGUCAUUGUGACUCGAAAGGUGUCACCUAGAGCAAGAGGCGGUUCCAAAACACAAGAUGUUGAAGUCUUUACAAAAGUCAUUGACAUAACUUCUAAAUCGAUGGAUGCAUUGCCAGUCAAUGGAGAUUCUAGUCUGUGGACAACGACAGUUCAUAAAAAUUCAAAAAGUCAAGCUACAAGCAAUAAAAUUGAAUCAAAUUCAGUCACAAAAGCUUCUAAAAAAUUGGUAAAAAUUCUACCAAAAAAGGAUGUCCUUCAAGAGUCAAAGGAUGAGUCUGUUGUGGUUCCUAAAGUUAAUGUUCGUCCAAAAUCAGCAACUGAUGUUAAAAAAAAGUCUAAAGCAGCAAAUGAAGUCAAACCAAAGCCAAAAACAACGAAAGCCAAGCAACUAAAGAAGGAUAAAAAUGGAAAUUCCUUAAAACUUAACAAUUUGGCACCAAAAGCUUCAUCAAUCCUUGAAAAAAGCCAAUCAUCCUCACCAUUGGAAGCACCUUUCAACGAAACAUACAUCAAGAAAGAAGAAGAACUAAACAUUCUGCCUGAAAACGACACAAAACCAACAGAUCCAGCAUUAAUCAAAAUUGAAGUCACUGACCAGCAACUUGAACACUCAACAGCCAGCAAUUCAUCCACAAAACCUCAAAUCAAUGCAGAACCAGCAGUUAAAGACGAAGCUGUCGAUGAAAUCACAAUAAAAGUCAUCAACCUCGAACCUAAAGCUGUAGUUAAGGAAGAAGAAAGCCGUUCUUGCAUUUCAGACACAACUUCAAGUCCUCUGAAAUAUUUUAAUGUAUCCAGUUCCUCAAAAGUUAAUGACUCUAAUUUAAUCCAGAAUAGCAAUAAAUUUGUGCAUUUAUCAAAAUAUUUAUCAGACAAUGUGAAGACAUCCGAGAGUCCAUUGGAUGUGAAUGAUCAGAGCUCAACAAAUUCUGAGAAAAUUAAUCAUUUUGAAGCUAAGGAACCAGCACAAGAUGAUGAUGAUGAUGAUGACGAUGAUGAAGACAGGCUGGUGAUUAAGGAAGAUGAAGUUGAAACCAUAGACAUCUCCGACAGUGAUGAUGAAAAGCCUGAAGAAUCAGCACCAAAGAAAUUUCAAAAUUCCUGGACAGACUUAACCAGUCAGUCAAUAACAAAUGCAGAUUCAGACAGCCUGACAUCAAGCAAUCAUGUCUCAAUAUCAUAUCCAUCGAUUGAUGGAUCAACUAGCUUACAACCUCCUGUCAUUCAAAUUUCAUAUCAAUUUCCUAUGGACAGCCAGCACUCAGCAUCAUCAACACAGAUACAAAAGCAUUUUAUGUCAUCAAGUAUGGAGCCUAUCCAUAAGAAUUUAGGUCAGCAGUCAACAUUCGGUCAGUUGUUCAAUACAAAUCAUCAUCAUGCUGUUCAGCCAGUCUUUAAGGAUCACACAAAGAUAAAUUCUAAUCGAUCAUCAAAAAAUGUGAGUCCACAGCCAUCGACAAGUCAAAUUGUGGUUUCUACAUCAAGUAAUAAGCCACAAACAAGUCAGAAGAGAAGACGAUCUUCAUUAAUGACUCCAAGUACAUCCAACAUCCCACAAACUACAUCAAAAUCCCUUGAAAAUCCAUCUAAGAAGCAAAAAGUCACUGCAGAUCCAAAUCAAGUUUCAAUAAUCCCUUAUAUCCCAUCCACAAAUCCAACAAGAAGGAUAUCAUCAACAUCAUCAGACGGAAGCUCAUCAACAUCACAUCCAUUUCAGUGUAAAAUGUGUAUGACAAUAUUCAAGAGGAAGAUCGACAUGAUUCAUCAUUUAAAGUCACAUUCGGAAGCAAAGUUUGAGUGCCAAAGAUGCGGAAUGAAGUUCAAAUUUGAAGGAUAUUUUAUUAAGCAUGAAUGCAUUGCUUGUGAAUUGUGCAACAAGACAUUCUUUCUGAAGCAACAGCUUAGAAAUCAUCAAAGGAUCGAGCAUGACAUCCAGAUGGAAAUGUAUGAAUGUGAUUUAUGUGGGAAGAAGUUAAGGUAUAGGCAUGGAGUGUUGUAUCAUAUGUCAAAGACACACAUGAAGUAUCUUGAGGAUAAAUAUGGAUGUGAUGUGUGUGGCAAGCGAUUCAAGCUCAAGGAAUCAAUCAGACUUCAUAUUAAGAAUCACGAGUCAGUCAUCGAAUGUAAAUUGUGUGACAAAAAGGUCAAGAGAGUCAACCUGAAUGUCCAUAUGAAGUCAGUCCAUGCGACUGAGAGGAACUUCAAGUGUCGAAUUUGCAGAACAAGUUUUAAGACUAAAGAGUGCCUUAAAAGUCACAUUAGGACUCAUGAGAAGAGCUUUGAAUGUACAGAAUGUGGUAAGAGAUUCUCAAACAAGUCACAUUUAAAGGAACACGUGGAAUGGCAUAAAAAUCCUGAUGCCUAUAAAUGUAAGAUAUGUCAAAAGUCAUUUGCACAGAAGUAUUGCCUCAAGGCUCACGUAAAGCUCCACGAAAGUGGACAUCAAUUCACAAAAUUCAAGUGCUCAUCAUGUCCGUACUCGACAGACAAGGCUGAAAAUUUAGAAAAGCAUGAAUUGAAGCACAAAAGGCAGGAAGAGAACGAAGAAAUGAGAAAGAAUUGGCUGCAGUGUGAAAAAUGUCCUGUAAAGUUGAAGAAUAAGUUGAAGCUAGCUACUCAUUAUUGGAAGAAGCACAGCGAAGUCAUGCCUAAAUAACUUUAUAAUCAGUAUCAAUAUUUUAUUCUAAAAAUUGACAAAUAAAAGAUUUUAAAAAUAUUAA